AAUGUAAAAUAUUUUAACUAAUCUCUCAUUAUUGAGACACACAGUGUUUCAAUAAAAAAUUACGCUUACUUUUUAAAAAAUAAAAAGAUUCUUACUUAAUAGAUUCUUAUAAAAAAAUAUGCCAAUCAUCGCGUUGUGACAGUGCAGUGUGGUGAUAAAUAAUAAUAAAUAGUGAUUAUAUAUAAUAACAAGAUUUUCAUUAAGAAGAUCUUAUUCAUUCCUCUUGGUUUUUUCCUUUCGUUCCUCUAAUAACACUCUUAUUAGACUACCUACAAUUUCCUUUAAAAUUAUAAUAUUUUUUUCUCUUAUUCUCUUCAAGAUCAAUCAAACAAUAAUUAAACGUUUGAAUAAAUGAAAUUAAUGAGAAAUGAAUAUAAUGAAUCAGAAACUUUCUACGUCGAUUUCGAAAGGGAAUGGAUAUUACUUAUAACUGCGACAUUUGCUCCUAAUAGAAGUAUCGAAGGGAUCGAAAGAAACAAGAAAUACUCUGAUUACAAGUCAAUGUCAAAGAUAAAAUUAUUCGAUGUAAAUCAAAGAGCCGAGGAAUAUGCUUAAUAAAUAAAAUGAAAAUGCGUUCGAAACAGUAAAACAGAGACAGUCCUUGAAUAAAUGGAGGAAUGAAGUGAUACGCAUGUUCAACGAAUGCAAAAGACCAGUGAAAUAGCAACGAGACUUUAUUAUAACAUUUCCCAACUGAAUCUUGCCAAUUUAAUGCGAGUCCACUCUCUGCUCAUCCUGCAAUUUUUUUGCCGAAACGUGAAAACGUGAAAAAUCCACCAUUUUUUUUUUUUUUGAAAACAAAGAGAAUCGAAGAUACAAUGAAGAAUAACAAUACAAGGAGGAAUAGGACGAAAAAUCAUCAAAAAUGACGAUACCAAACAAUUAUUCCACGUACAUGUUACCAGCUUGCGAUAAUCUGAUCAACUUCUUCAAUCACUCUCGCACUACUGAUCUGACCUUUGACUCGAGAUUAUGGAACACGAGCGAGUUGAGUCAUCCCUUUCAUUCCUACAAUUUAAAGAACAUAACGUGUUUGCAACACGCGCCACACGCAACCAUCAGCACCCUCUUUAAGUCUCUCAUAUUGACCAUUAUGGCGGUCAUCAGCAUGUUGGCCAACCUGGCCACCAUAUACUCGAUCGUCAGAUGUCGACGAAGACACCAUUCCUGGUCGGCGAUUUACACGUUGAUCCUGCAUCUAGCUAUAGCCGAUCUCUUUGUAUCCGUGUUCUGCAUAGGCGGGGAAGCGAUGUGGAAUUACACCGUGGAAUGGAUAUGGGGAAACGUUGCGUGCAAAUUGUUCAAAUUUUCGCAAGUGUUCAGCCUGUAUCUGAGCACGUUCGUGCUGGUACUGAUCGGUGUGGACAGGUUCUUUGCUAUAAGAUAUCCUAUGAAAGGGAUGAACACCGCUGACAGAUGUUUGAAGUUCAUCAUCGUGGCGUGGAUACUAUCCUUUGUACUGUCACUGCCUCAGAUUAUCAUAUUCCACGUUGUCGAAGGGCCGUUCGUCGAAGAAUUCGUGCAAUGCGUGACCUAUGGAUUUUACACGGAGCCCUGGCAGGAGCAGCUCUACGCAUCGUUCGGUUUGUUUUCCAUGUUUCUUCUACCUCUUGCCAUCCUCAUCGCCACCUACGUUUUCACCAUAAUCACAAUAUCUCGGAGCGAAAGAAUGUUCAAAGUGAAAUUGGCCAAUAACGAUGUACGCCACGUAAACGGAGAUGUAAAUCGAAGGAAAUUAAUGUAUCGAGCAAAAGCUAAAUCGUUGAGGAUCAGCAUCGUUAUAGUAACCGCCUUUAUAUUCUGGUGGACACCGUAUUACACGAUGAUGAUCAUAUUUAUGUUCUCUUCCCCCGACAAACAUCUUAGCGAUGAAUUACAAAAUAUUAUCUUCUUUUUUGGCAUGAGCAACAGUUUGGUAAAUCCUCUGAUAUAUGGGGCGUUUCAUUUGAGGCCGAGAAAGCGUCGGAAUUUCAUACACAGGGAAAUAUCCACGACACAACGCAGAUUUACGCCAACCAGUUAUGGGAGUAGUUAUAGGCGAGAUUCGCGAGAAACGCGUACACCAAUUUUACCAAAAAGUAAUUAAAAUUGGGUCUCUUAGAUAGAUCUUUUUAUUGUGUUGAA